AUGAUGGCAUCGAUCAAUCGCGGUUCUACUAGCUCCGCGGGCACCGCCAACACAGAGACCACUGCGGGCGUACCUGAUGCAUCAGAAGCUUCCAACUCAGCGAAAGGCAAAUCGCAGCCGAAGCUGCCGCGCACUUAUACGCACCAGGUUCUCGUGGGCUUUCUGAACGACGUAUUUUCAAGCUGCACCUUCAUUACACGACCAUCCAUUACCGGUAAUUUGGUGGAUCUCCUGAAAGAUUCGCCUGCAACCGACGGUCGUCACAUGCUGGUUAUGCGUUUGGAGAAAAAGGGCCUAGUGUACGAAGUUGUGAGACACGACUUUGAUUCGGAGCUUGAAGAAGAUGCGUCGCCUGAUGACACGUUAAACACGAAGGCUGAGGUCCUGGUGAACGGAUUGGCGUUAGCGUUUCGUAAAAACAUGAGCGGUCCGACGCUUUUGAACCAGGUGCCGACGUCGAUAUUGAAGAGCUUCGUUGACAAGCCGCUAAACCGAGGCGGGUUAUGGGCGUACAUGUCACUGCCGUGUUUUCUGGGAUCCGAAUCCGCCGACCCAGCGACGCUUAAGGAGCGUCGUGAACGCAUCCUCAGCAAUGCAGCGGAAGGAAUGCCGCCCAUCAGCGACAUCACCAUCGUGUCGCUGUUGCGCGUGCUUUUCUACCUCAAGGCCGCACAGUUUUUGCGACCCCUGUGUGCCGUUCUUUGCCAGGAGUACCUGAAGAAUUACUCGGACGCGAGUGACCUGAUACACGUGUUUUACUUCGGUUACUCCUGUGGCGUCUUGUCCGGGGAGUACCUGUCUCGUCACGUGAACAGCGGCUUCAACGCGGUUAACGUGCUUUCCAGCCUGGCCAGCAGUGAGCUUGUGUUGUUGCUGUCUUGCUUCAGCGACCCCGCUGCGUUGGAGAUGCUGCCUUUGAAGAAGGUGAUGAUGAUUCUGACCGAGGCCGUCGAGACGUUAUCAGCCACCUGUGCACUGUGCCUUAUCUGCGUGUUGGUGAAAUUGGAGUACAACUUUGAAGCAAACAGCCACUUUUCGAGGUCGCUGUUGGCCAGGCUGGCAAUGUCGUUCGACAAUGUGCCGCUGCAUGCGGUUCCGCUGGUGAGCGCCCUGGGUUUCGUGGGCCUUGACUUUCCUCACUUCAACCAGGUGCUGGACAAUGUCUUGGUAAAAUUCCACCUCAUUGAACACAAGAACUUGGUGUUGACUGGCGCCUCCUACGCCUUUGCGCACCGUCUUAUGACUGACGGCGAGCUUCUGAAGCUGGAUGCCCCUCGCAGCAACCACGUCAGCCACUGCUUGGAAUUUUACGUGAAGAAUGUUCUUGCGAAAACGUUGUCCGACAACUAUCACCUCGUCGGUUACUACAGCGAUGUGUUGGAGGAGUUAUCAACUUUCCCAAAUACUCCGAAAGGUGUGGAUGUUGCGUCGUUGAACAGCAGAGCCUCGCCAAGGCAACUCUCCAAACCCGGGCCUCCUACUAUUUCUUCGCCGGGUUUUCUAGGGCAUACAACUACCAAUUCAGGCUCGUAUUCCGAAAUGUCCACUUCUGUGCACUCGUCCAAGCUGUUUUAUUUGAACCUGUUUGAAGACUGCUGCCUUCGGUACGAAGAGCUCGACUUCGACUCGCUCUGCCUGUUUCUGUUUUCGUUGCUCACCUUCCACAUCGACAUUUCUCCGCUUCACGAGGCAAUGUUGGUAGCGCAGGACCUAAUGCUGCGUAAGGGCCAUAACCCGGUGAAGAUCCAGGUGGUUCCGGAGUCCGAAAUUAACCGUCAGCACAUCAUGUGCUACGCAAUAUUGCAGUAUUCUCAGAAUCCGGCUGAUGGCACGGCUGCAUUGGAAUUUGGCGACGUACGAUCGUAUUGCCCUGAAGAGGUGGUUGAGGUGGCGCCCCCUGCCCCUUCCCCGGAGUCUACCCCGGAACCCGCUCCAGCUAUAUCGAUCGAAACUGCCGCGCCGGCGCCCCCAGAGCCUCCACAAGUGGAUGUGAAGCCACCGGCAGAUAUAGCUCCCGACGCAUCACCGGCCAAGUCGACCCCUGCAACGCCCUCUGCUGACACACCCGAAGCAGAAUCGACGGCGGUCAAACCGGAUGACUCGGUGAGCAAAGCGCUCCAGGCUCUCGGCAUAACAUUAGACGCCAGCUCACCCGCAAAGAAUCUGACCGUGGAAGGGCUGCUGGGGGCUCUCACGUUGCUGGCGUCCCCAGUAGCCCCGCCAAAUACUCCGGCUGUUAGAAAACCGGCCAGAAAAGCUAAAGGUGUAUCACGUGAAAAGGUGGUUGCUAGAGCAUCGGAGCCGCCAAAAGCUCCCGCGCGGGAACCAAGCGUCAAGCGCGAGGUUGCGAAGAACGCCAGCGACUCCGUUACCGACCAGCAUGGUGUGCAGCAGGCCGACCUGGGAGUCCCCGGUGUGCUUCUAUACGCGAUUAGACGCCAGUACCGCUACCGAGCGACACUGGUGAAGCAUCGCGUAUCGAUUCAUUACUCGUUCGAGAAGGUCCAGCGCCGUGCGCGCUAG